GUCAGAUUAUAGCAUUUGGUAGCGAUCCGGUGAAAUGAUAAGUAAAACAGUUGCAAUUGCAAUAGUGUUUUUUUCUACUAGUUAUUCACAAUUUUGUAAUAACUUAAACGAUAAUGGCGACUUAGAUUGGUGGCAAACCGCCGUUUUUUAUCAAAUUUAUCCAAGAUCUUUUAUGGAUAGUGACGGAGAUGGUAUAGGAGAUUUGAAAGGUAUCACCAGUAAACUAGAUUAUUUAAAAAAUUUGGGGGUAUCAGCAACAUGGCUUUCUCCAAUUUUCGAUUCUCCUCAAGUGGAUCAAGGAUAUGACAUAAGAAAUUAUUACGAAAUCGACAAAGAUUACGGAACUAUGGAAGAUUUCAAGAGUUUAUUGGAAGCUGCUAAGGAGCUUGGAAUUAAAAUUAUCUUGGAUUUUGUUCCUAAUCAUACCAGUGAUCAACACGAUUGGUUCCUUUUGUCUGCUAAUAGAACUAAGGGAUAUGAAGAUUUUUAUAUAUGGAGAGAUGGCAAAGAUGGUGAUCCUCAUUCUCCUCCAAAUAAUUGGUUAUCUGAAUUCAAAGGUUCUGCUUGGAAAUGGCACGAAGGUAGACAACAAUAUUACUUCCACGACUUUUCUGAACAGCAGCCUGAUCUUAACUAUAGAAAUCCCAUGGUACUGGAAGAAAUGAAGAAAGUUAUCCUUUUCUGGUUAGAUAUGGGAGUAUCUGGUUUUCGGAUGGAUGCCGUUCCUUUUUUAGUAGAAGAUGCUACGUUCUCAGACGCACCUUUAGCUCGUGGUUAUACAGCAUGUGAUAUAGAUCCUAUUUGUUUGAAUAGGGAAAAUAUUCUUAAAGACCUUGAUGAAACCUACAACAUCAUAUAUUCUUUCAGAGCCUUAGUGGACGACUAUGCUAAGAGAAAUAAUUUGGCGGAUCCAAUAGUUAUAAUGACUGAAGCUUACACGACUCCGGAAAACACAGUUCUAUAUUAUGGUUCCAGUACAGAUCUGGGGGCCCAUUUCACUUUCAAUUUCAACCUCUUGACUAAUUUACCAAAUUCAAAUUUUACCGUUGAUGACAUAGCAAACGCUAUCAACAAAUGGCAAGUGUACCUUCCAAAAGGUGCUACGAGCAACUGGGUGUUAGGCAAUCACGAUAAUCACCGCGUAGCUUCUAGGGUCGGACAAGAUAAUGUGGAUGGUUUCAAUAUGUUAACAGCUCUCCUUCCGGGUGUUAUGGUAACGUAUAAUGGAGAAGAAAUUGGAAUGCCGGACGGUGAAGUAACCUGUGAACAAGGAAAAGACCCAGCAGCUAUUAAAAAUUGCUCGACUUUUGACCAAACCAGUAGAGAUUUUGAAAGAACACCUUUCCAAUGGGAUAGUUCUAAAUAUGCUGGUUUUUCUACAUCAGAACCUUGGUUACCAGUAGGCUCAAGCAAAAAUUGGUUAAAUUUAGCUGCUCAAAUUGAUGUUAAAAGUCACUAUAGCGUUUACAAAGAUCUCAUUACUCUGAAGGAAAAUUUUAAAAAACGUUCCAUUGUUGACAAUUUAUCGAUAAUAAAAGUUAAUGAACAAGUGCUACAAGUUGUAAGGCAGCGUGACGAAGCUGAUUAUAUAUUACUUUUUAAUAUAGGAAAUUCAGAUCAAACAAUCACGUUUUACAGAAAAGCUACAGAUUACAAAGUUGUUGUUACCAGUAUCACUAGCCAGAGAUCUAUAGGUGAAAAAAUUGAUAAUCUGAUUACUUUAAAAGGGCACGAGAGUCUGAUUCUGCGAAGUGCGGAACUUUGUUGAUAUGAUAAUAUUCGUUGUCAAUAUUUACAAUAAAUUAAUUUCUUUGUUACAAAUAUAACUAGAAAAAUCA